GAAGAAUUCCUCGCCUGCAGCACCCAGAAGUGAACAGCAGGCGACCCGGAAGGUUUGAAGUCCGACUGAGAGCAAGCAGAAAGAAGAGACUAAUCCUUUAUAAAAUAUUUCUUCUGUCGCUGGUUCAGGAUGGCUGAACCUCGCUUCAAUAAUCCCUAUUUUUGGCCUCCACCUCCAGCAAUGCCUGGCCAGCUGGAUAACCUAGUCUUGAUCAAUAAAAUCAAGGAGCAGCUGAUGGCGGAGAAGAUCAGACCACCGCAUCUGCCGGCUGCCUCAGCCCCUUCCCAACAGCCCUUACUGGCUCCCCCAAGUCAGGUAGAAAGCGGCCAGCACGGGAUGUCCAAAACCCAGCAGAUGCAAGUUCUCCACAGCCACAGCUCGUCUCAGCCUGAUAUCGCCCUGCAUGCCCGCCCGGCCUCCAGCUCAGUCACAGGUCGUAUUCUGGGGGAUGUAAACUUGAAUUUGGACGAUAAGGCAGCUAUAAAAGCCAGAGGAUUAUGGGAAGACUGGCAUCUGCGUCAACUCAUAGAUCAUCCCUCCAGGACAAACCACGUCUCAGGUGUGGCGCUGGCAUCCAGAACAGGCAAUCUCAGCACCUCAGAGAUCAUCACCCCCACCACACCCACCUCAAGCAGCCACAGUCGGCUGGGCGGAGCUCCCACCCCUCACCUCAUCUCAGGGUUAGCCAGCGGCCACGGGAUGGAGCCUGGGAAAAACAACGGGGGUCUCGUUGGACUCCUCGGACCUCCUCCAAAGGAGGAACGAGGCCGUAAGAAGAUCAAAGCAGAGAACGGGUCUUCAUUGUUGGUGGUGCCCUACCCGAUCCUAGCCUCAGGCAACGACCAGUCCUGUGUUACCAUCACUGCCAAACAGGGAAAAACUUACAGGUGUAAAGUUUGCCCUCUGACUUUCUUCUCCAAGUCAGACAUGCAGAUUCACUCUAAAACGCACACAGAGGCGAAGGCUCACAAGUGUCCUCACUGCACUAAGUCCUUUGCGAAUGCAUCCUACCUGGCCCAGCACCUGCGUAUACACCUGGGCGUCAAACCUUACCGCUGUUCCUACUGUGAGAAAUGUUUUCGCCAGCUCUCCCACCUACAGCAGCACACCAGAAUCCACACAGGCGACCGGCCAUAUAAAUGCUCUCAUCCAGGAUGUGAAAAAGCUUUUACUCAGCUAUCUAAUCUGCAGUCUCACCAGAGGCAGCACAACAAAGACAAACCCUUCAAAUGUUCCAACUGUUACCGUGCCUAUUCAGACUCUGCCUCGCUGCAGAUCCACUUGUCUGCACACGCCAUCAAAAACGCCAAGGCCUACUGCUGCAGCAUGUGCGGCAGAGCGUACACCUCAGAGACGUACCUUAUGAAGCACCUGGCUAAGCACACGGUGGUGGAACAUGUGGUGUCCCAUCACACCCCUCAGCACAGGACAGAUUCACCAACCCUCCCUAUACGGAUCUCCCUCAUUUGAGCUCCUCAACCAUCCCCUCCCCCCCUCCCAUCAGGGACGUUAUCUGUGAUAUUUCAGCAUUCCUCUGAUGGACUUUAAACCCAGAAAUGGGUUCUAAAAAUGUGCCAGAUCGUACUCGUUUCUUGUGAAGAGGUGCUCUUUCAAUGAGUAGAUCCUCCUUUCCUUUCUUGCUGACCAGAUAGUAUUAUCGGGGACAUCCAAAGAUGAUUUCUCAGCACUUUCAGGCCUGGAAAUGACGGGCCUAACAUUUCUUUUUCUAUGUGACAGAAAAAAAAGGUAUUGCUCUAGGCAGCUACAUGUAAAAUCUUUUUAAACUUUCUGCGUUAUAACAGAUUACUUUGUCUUUUUUAUAUGUCCUUUACUUUCUUUAUUCAAGUGUUUUGCAAAAAAAAUAUAUUUGCAUCAGAAAUAGUCUUCCGUUAUCCAGGUGGCCAACAGAACAUAAAGAUGAAUGCUUAUAUAAUGUGUAUUCAUGUAUAUUGUGCCACUUCUUUUGUCAGUGUUUGCAAUGUUUCAACAAUCAUGAGGCCAUAAUGCACACAUAAAUAACGUGUUAACAUUUUUAUUUACUAAUUUUCACAGUAUCGCCAACAUCACCAUGACCAGGAUGUGUGACUCAUAAGAGGAAUGGGUGUUUUUUUUUUUUUUUUUGCUUUGUUUUUUACAUAUACUGCAGUGUUACAGAAAUAUGCCCAAGGCAAACACGAAUAUUUAGUUUAAUCUGGUUAAGUUUAAAAUAUUCUGACUUAUAAGCACUGUUGUAAAGUGUGUCUAAAAAGACACAAUUGAAAUUUUAAUUGAUGCAAUGAAUGUGAGAGAUUCUGCUUAGAAGAGAAGUGAAUCAAAAUUAUGUUUUUGUACAAUUCAGUCAAAACUCCCCUGAAUAUUUAACAAUUUAUAUGCCAAAUUCACCACAAUUAAUGAUUGUGGUGAGCAUUUUACGGUACUUUUUGUCCACUUUAUUAUGUAUAUUUAAUACACAUAUAUAUUAUGUGUAUUUAAUUGGGUGUGCAAAUAAACAAAUGUAGUCGUAAGACUGAAAUGUUACACCACCAAUCUGCUGCUGCCACACACAUAUGUGUUUGUGCUCUUGGGUUGGGUUUUCAGCCACAGUGGGUAAUGAAAGCAUCGAGCCUGUUUGAAUAUUCUUUUUUUAUUUUAUUGUUUUAUAAAUGAACACUUUGCCAUUUUAUAUUAAGCCUUAACUUCUACAACUUUAGGAUCCACUUAGUUGUUUUAUCACUUUACAUUUGCCUUUAAUGUCCUAGCAUGGUAUACACUGUAAAUAGACUAUAUUAACUGUCAGCCUGUUUUAUAAUAAAUAAUUCUAU